CUAAUUUCAGCCUCAGCAAUGCACGAAUUCAUUUCUCUGUAAUUCUCAACUCCAUAAAUAAAAAUAAAAAUUAACAACAAUAAAAUUCCCCAAAUUUCACUUCAAAUUAUUCAGAUCCAAUUCACAAUCAGUCAGUCAUGGUUUCAUCUGCCAAACUCAAAUCUGUUGAUUUUUACAGGAAAAUUCCAAGGGAUUUGACUGAGGCAUCACUGUCAGGUGCCGGCUUGUCUAUCAUAGCAGCUCUUUCCAUGAUGUUUUUAUUUGGAAUGGAACUACAUAAUUAUUUGAGCAUCAGUACGUCAACCUCUGUCAUAGUUGACAGAAGCCCUGAUGAUGAUUUCUUAAGGAUUGAUUUUAAUCUUAGUUUUCCGGCUUUAUCAUGUGAGUUUGCAUCCGUGGAUCUGAGUGAUGUACUGGGAACUAACAGGCUAAACAUAACAAAAACAGUCCGCAAAUAUUCAAUUGAUAAACAUCUACGAACUACUGGCUCUGAGUUUGACUCUGGACCAGUUGCUAAUAUAGUGAAACACGACGAUGAAACUGAUGAGGAAUAUGGCGAAGGAUCUGUUACUCUAAAUGCACGCAAUUUUGAUAGGAUUUCUCAUCAACAUUCAAUCUUGGUUGUAAAUUUCUAUGCUCCUUGGUGCUAUUGGAGUAAUCGCCUGAAACCCUCAUGGGAGAAGGCAGCCAAAAUUAUCAGAGAAAGGCAUGAUCCAGAAAUUGAUGGCCGUAUCAUUAUGGGGAAAGUUGACUGUACAGUGGAAGUUGACCUGUGUAGAAGUCACCACAUACAAGGUUAUCCAUCUAUACGCAUAUUCCGUAAGGGCAGUGAUGUCAAGGAUGAGCAUGGGCACCACGAGCAUGAAUCAUAUUAUGGUGACCGAGACACGGAUACCUUGGUGAAUACAAUGGAAAGCCUGGUUGCACCAAUUGCAUUGGAAUCGGUGAAUCUGUCCUUGGAGGAUAAAUCUGGGACAACUACAGAGGAUGCAAAAAGACCUGCUCCACGUGAAGCAGGGUGUAGAAUUGAAGGGUUUGUACGAGUCAAGAAGGUUCCUGGUAAUCUAGUAAUCUCAGCCCGUUCAGGGUCCCACUCUUUUGAUGCUUCCGUGAUGAACAUGUCACAUGCAAUUUCUGCUUUUUCUUUCGGUAAGAAGCUCACUCCAAGAGUGAUGAGUGAUAUUAAGAGAAUACUACCUUACAUUGGUGCAAGCCAUGAUAAGUUGAAUGGCAAGCAAUAUCUUACCAACCCAGAAGAUCAUGCAAAUGUUACGGUAGAGCAUUAUCUUCAAGUUGUGAAGACCGAGGUAAUGAGGUCAUCUCAUCAGUUAGUUGAGAGUUACGAGUAUACUGCUCAUAGUAGCUUGAUACAUGCGUAUUCUGUCCCUGUUGUGAAGUUCCAUUAUGAGCCAUCACCAAUGCAGGUCCUGAUAACAGAAAAUCCCAAAUCGUUUUCUCAUUUCAUUACCAACGUUUGUGCCAUUAUUGGUGGUGUUUUCACGGUUGCCGGGAUAGUGGAUUCAAUUCUACACAAUACAUUGAGACUGGUGAAAAAAGUUGAAUUGGGGAAGAACUUUUAGUCGAUGUAAAGAAUUUUUAGCAUCAACCCAUCCCAUGAUCCCAGAUUAUUUUAGGUUUUAACUAUAUAAAUCUGAAUAAUAUAUAUUGUUAGAAAAUUUUGGAAUUACAACCAUCUACCAAAAGAGAAAUUGUACUUCAAAUUCCCUAGAAAAUUUAUGUCCUGAUCAUCGCUUCAUCUUAGGACAGGAAACAAGAUGAAAAGAUGGUGUAUCCACACAAUUAAGAUACAUGCAAUGUUUAAUCA